CAUCGGAGUCCUUUUGGUGGUGCACCGUUAAUGGCGACCAGCGGACGGUUGAAUCUGGAAGUUUCUGGAUAACUCGCAGUUUAUUGCAGCGCUGUUCGGAAGAAAAUAGUGUAUUUAAUACUGAUCGAAUAAUGGGGAGAAGCAGGAGCCGAACACCACCACGGCGAGAGAGACGCCGUUCACGCUCUUCCUCCAGAGAUCGCGAGCGGAGGCGCAGGGAGCGCGAGAGGUCCCGGUCGCGUGACAGAGACAGACGGAAGUCGCGCUCGCGCUCCCCCCACAGGCGCAGAUCCAGAUCUCCACGGCGACACCUCUCCUCCUCCCAGUCUCCAGUGCGGCAGAAGGACAGACGGGAGGAUGAAAAGAAGGAAGGGAAGGAAAAACCUGCAAAGGUCCAUCAAAUAUCAGCUGAGGACAUGCAGGGAAAGACAGAGGAGGAAAUAGAGAUGAUGAAACUGAUGGGGUUUGGAUCCUUUGAAAGCACAAAGGGUAAGAAGAAAGAGGGUUCUGCUAAUGCAUCCGCGAUCAAUGUGUCUCAGAAGAGAAAAUACAGGCAAUACAUGAACAGGAAAGGUGGUUUCAACAGACCUUUGGAUUUUAUUGCUUGAUCAUGGAAGUCGGGAGCCAAGUUUUAACGACUUUGACCGCUUUGUGUUCCUCUGUGAUGAAACGUAUAUAAUUUUUUUCCCUAAGUGUAUAUAAAUAUGUUCCAGCAAAUGUUCAUCUCUCUUGCUUUUCAGUUAAUGCCUGUCAUGUAAGUGUCAGUUUAGUUUGCAAUAGACGAACAUCAUAGCUUAUUUUAAAAGGAUUUUGAUAUUGUGGAUUCUUUGCAUUGAAUAUCUUUUGUGAAACCCUUGCAGUACUAAAUAAAUUGAUUUUUUUUUUUAUUAUUAUUAUUUGGUGGAUGUUUUUGUGCAUGAAAAGCUUUUUCUUUGUUGAUUCUUGUAAUUUAUGCAUUAUUUGGUAUUAAAAAAAAUAAAUGAAAAUUCACAUUA